AUGGAGGACUUUCCAUGCUUACUCGGUGGAGGCGGAGGUGGCUUUUACUCAUCUGGUCGUAGUGGUAGGAACUUUAACGGAUCUUUUGGAACGGGUGGAGAGGGUGGAAAAGGAUUCCUACAGGGAGGUGUUGGAGGAAGAUCCUAUGUUAAGGAUGUCCCUGGUGGAUUUGGAGGAGGUGGAGGGCCCUAUGGAUGGGGUGGUGGAGCGGGUGGUGGUGGGGGAUAUUCAGGAGGGGCUUGUGGUGACAACAACGAAGAUUCUUCUGGAGGAGGGGGAGGGUCAUAUAAUAAUGGAUCAGACCAAGCCAAUACAUGCUGCUACAACAGCCAAGGUCAUGGCUACGUUCUCAUCACAAGAGUGUAA